AUGUGUGACCGGAACGGCGGCCGGCGGCUGCGGCAGUGGCUGAUCGAGCAGAUCGACAGCGCCAUGUACCCGGGGCUGAUCUGGGAGAGCGACGAGAAAACCAUGUUCCGGAUCCCCUGGAAGCAUGCUGGCAAACAGGACUACAACCAGGAAGUGGACGCCUCCAUCUUCAAGGCCUGGGCCGUUUUUAAAGGGAAGUUUAAGGAAGGGGACAAGGCUGAGCCAGCCACGUGGAAGACGAGGCUACGCUGCGCUUUGAACAAGAGUCCAGAUUUUGAGGAAGUGACAGACCGGUCCCAGCUGGACAUCUCUGAGCCAUAUAAAGUUUACCGCAUCGUGCCCGAGGAGGAGCAGAAAUGCAAAUUAGGUGUGGCGGCCCCGGGCUGUGUGAGUGAGGCCGUGGAGAUGGAGUGUGGGCGCUCCGAGAUCGACGAGCUGAUCAAGGAGCCUCCCGUGGAUGACUACAUGGGGAUGGUCAAGAGGAGCCCCUCGCCGCCUGAGGCCUGCCGGAGCCAGCUCCUCCCAGACUGGUGGAUGCAGCAACCCAGUGCAGGCCUGCCGCUGGUGCCGGGGUAUAGCGCCUACGACGCCCACCACUCAGCCUUCUCCCAGAUGGUCAUCAGCUUCUAUUACGGAGGCAAGCUGGUGGGCCAGACCACCACCACGUGCCCCGAGGGCUGCCGCCUGUCGCUGGGCCAGCCUGGCCUUCCAGGCGGGAAGCUGUAUGGGCCCGAGGGCCUGGAGCUGGUGCGCUUCCCGCCGGCCGACGCCAUCCCCAGCGAGCGGCAGCGGCAGGUGACGCGGAAGCUGUUCGGGCACCUGGAGCGCGGCGUCCUCCUGCAUAGCAGCAGGCAGGGCGUGCUGGUCAAGCGGCUGUGCCAGGGCCGCGUGUUCUACAGCGGGAAUGCUGCGCCCGCCCGCGACCGGCCCAACAAGCUGGAGCGCGACGAGGUGGUCAGGGUCUUCGACACCAGCCAGUUCUUCCGAGAGCUGCAGCAGUUCUACAACAGCCAGAGCCGGCUGCCCGACAGCAGGGUGGUGCUGUGCUUCGGAGAGGAGUUUCCGGACACGACCCCGCUGCGCUCCAAGCUCAUCCUCGUCCAGGUGGAGCAGCUGUACGUCCGGCAGCUGGUAGAAGAAGCAGGGAAGGGCUGUGGCCCCGGCUCCUUGAUGCAGGCCCCCGAGGAGCCCCCACCAGAUCAGGUCUUCCGGAUGUUUCCAGAGAUCUGUGCCUCCCACCAGAGACCUUUCUUCAGAGAAAAUCAACAGAUCACAGUUUAA